CACAGACUCAUUCUCACUGAGAGGAGAAAUGGCGCAGACAGGAGUUCAGAAGGACCGAGAAAGAUUCUCUUGUUCCAUCUGUUUGGAUCUAUUGAAGGAUCCAGUGACUACAACUUGUGGACACAGCUACUGUAUGAACUGUAUUACAGACUUCUGGGAUGGAGAGGAAAAGAAAGGAACCUACAGCUGCCCUCAAUGUAGAGAGACCUUCAGACAGAGGCCUGUCUUGAAGAAACACACCUUGUUAGCAGAGUUAAUGGAGGACCUGAAGAAAAGCAGAGCCAGAGCUGCUCCAGCUGACCACUGCUAUGCUGGACCUGGAGAUGUGGCCUGUGAUGUCUGCACUGGGCAGAAGAUGAAAGCUACAAAGUCCUGUCUGGUUUGUCUGGUUUCUUACUGUGAGAAUCAUCUCCAACCUCACUAUGAGUCUUCUGCUUUUAAAAAACAUAAACUGGUUGAAGCUUCUGCUAAACUUCAGCAGAACAUCUGCUCUCGUCAUGAUGAGGUGAUGAAGAUCUUCUGUCGUACUGAUCAGCAGUGUAUCUGUUAUCUCUGCACUAUGGAUGAACAUAAAGGCCAUGAAACAGUCCCAGCUGCAGCAGAAAGAGAUGAGAAGCAGAAGAAGCUCCAGGAGAGUCGACAACAAAUCCAGCAGAGAAUCCAGGACAGAGAGAAAGAUGUGAAGCUGCUUCAACAAGAGGUGAAGGCCAUCAAUGUCUCUGCUGAUAAAACAGUGGAGGACAGUGAGAAGAUCUUUACUGAGCUGAUCCGUCUCCUCCAGACAAGAAGCUCUGAGGUGAAGCAGCAGAUCAGAUCCCAGCAGGAAACUGAAGUGAGUCGAGUCAAAGAUCUUCAGGAGAAGCUGGAGCAGGAGAUCACUGAGCUGAAGAGGAAAGACGCUGAGCUGGAGCAGCUCUCACACACAGAGGAUCACAACCAGUUUCUCCUCAACUACCCCUCACUGCCAGAACUCAGUAGGUCUACAUGCUCAUCCAGCAUCAAUGUCCGUCCUCUGAGACACUUUGAGGACGUGACAACAGCUGUGUCAGAGCUCAGAGAGAAACUACAGGAAGUCCUGGGAAACUCAUGGACAAACGUCUCACUGACGGUCACUGAGGUGGAUGUUCUACUGUCAGAACCAAAACCAAAGACCAAAACUGACUUUUUAAAAUAUUCUAGAAAAAUCACUCUGGAUCCAAACACAGCAUGCAGUUAUCUGCUUUUAUCUGAGAGAAACAGAACAGCAACAAAAAUGAAGAAAAUGCAGUUUUAUCUUGAUCAUUCAGACAGAUUCAAACAUUGGGAUCAAGUUCUGAGUAAAGAAAGUCUGACUGGACGUUGUUACUGGGAGGUGGAGUGGGAAGGAGAGGUUGAAGUAGCAGUUUCAUACAAGAAUAUCAGCAAAUCAGGAGAUGAAAGUGAUUUUCGAUACAGUGACAAAUCUUGGUCUUUAUAUUGUGGCACAUACAGUUAUAUAUUGUAUCACUAUUAUGAUGAAAUCCACAUCUCAGGUCCAGUUUCCUCCAGACUAGGAGUGUACCUGGAUCACACAGCAGGUAUUCUGUCUUUCUACAGCGUCUCUAAAACCAUGACUCUCCUCCACAGAGUCCAGACCACAUUCACCCAGCCGCUACAUGCUGGACUUGGGUUUUAUAAUGAUGGAAACUCAGCUGAGUUCAUUAAGCUGACAUAGACAGAAGUGAAUUCAAGUCCAGUGGUUAAAAUGUGUUUUAGUUUCAGUCCAUCUGGUCUGCAUCAUUGCAGCUUGCCUUUGACUUCACUAUAGGGUCAUUUGUUCACUGAUCAGAGAUCAGUUGUCUCUAUGGUGAUACUUUGUCAUCUGGUUUGUUCUUUUGUUGAUGUUGCAGUUUGUCUGGGUGAUGCCCCUACCUGUUUCUGUCCAGCCAUGGAGACUAUCACUGCUUAGGAAGUCUUUAUUAAUCUCAACUAAUUAUUUGUUAGAAGAAAAAUGCUGCUGGAACUAAUGUUCAGAAAAACUGAUGUAAGCUAUGAUCAUAAAUCAGAAAAUCAGACAUGAAAUUGGUAAUUAAAAAAAUCAAAUUCUGGGAAUUUAUUGAAUUUCUCUAUUUGUUGUCUGAAAAUUCAUCCAAAGAUUUUUUUUAAGCUUUACUUUAGUUUACCUUUUCUUUUAGACUUAUUUGAAAAUGAGAAAUAAC